AUGGUUACGUUCAAUUGCGAGGUCUGUAACGACACAGUGCCCAAGAAAAACACGGAAAAACACUACUACCGCUGCCCCAACGCAUACUAUACUUGCAUCGACUGUAACACGACGUUUGACGACGGCGUUGGCUACAAGAAACACACCCAGUGCAUCAGCGAGGAUGAAAAGUACCAAAAGGCGCUAUACAAGGGCAAGAAGGCGCCGGGGAAAAAGGCUCCUGCAAAGCAGGGGCCUGUAAAGCAAGCGCCCGCGAAAGAAACGCCCGCAAAGCAGCCCACGUCGCUCUACAAAGUGCUCAAGAAAUGCAAGUCCAAGGACGACAAGAAAAAACUGCUGAAACAGAUUCUCGUGACGGCGGACGGCCGUCUCGAGCUGCCUGCGCAAGUGUCGCUGCUGUAG